AUGGGAACGCCAACCGUAAAUGACCUUGACGGUCUGCUUUCUUCUUUGAAUCAACUCAAGCCACCGGGAGCCAGCAAGAACAAGAUUGCCUCCAUCACAACGCUAUGCGUAACCAACAUCCAGAACGAGUCAGCCAUCGUGCAGUCAUUCUAUCGCGCGCUCAAAAAAGCACCGACCACCCACAAAUUAGGUGCGCUGUACGUGAUUGAUAGCGUCGUAAGACAAUGGAUUGAAAAGGCCAAGUCAUCUGGACAAGAUCUUAGCAUCGAAGGUCGAGGAGAGCCGGGUACAUAUCCGGCUGCUGUUAAGCGCGUCACCGAGCUCAUGCCAGCUCUGUUUGACGACAUCAUGAAGGGCAUCCCAGAGGAUCAGAAGCCCAAGCUGGCGAACAUGAUCACAAUCUGGGAGCGAGGUAACACGUUUCCAGCCAAGUUGCUGGCCGAGUUCAAGGCAAAGGUUAGCGGCGCGCCAAGCCAAAGUGCUGCAGCGACCCCAGUGAACGGGAAUGGCAUAUCCGCACCCGCUCCGUCGCAACGUCAACCUGUCCAGCAAACAACCGGUGAGAUAUUCAUGGCGCCAGUGCCUACUAGGCCCGUCCACACUCCCAUCGGAUUGCCACCACAUCAGCUGUAUGAGCAGGGCUUCCUUCCUGGAAGAAUGGCACCCGGACAGGUGAACGGCGCACCAACCCAAUCCAGCCAAUCCACACCAAUGCAGUCUGGCUUCCCACCUGUCCAACAGCAGCAGCAGCAGCAGGCGCCUCAAGCAGCACCCGCAAAUGACGUGAACAGCAUUCUCGCCGCGCUCUCGAGGGCAGCACCUCCCGCGCAAACCCCGACAUUUCCCCCGCCACCUCAGGCUGCCGCCCCGAUGCCCGCUCCUCAAAAUCAGAUGCCCACUCAGUACUCUACCAUGUUCGGUCAGCAGCCGCAACAAGGAGGACCACCCAUGGCGUAUGGAUUUUCCGGUUCAUCAGCACCACCAGCGCAACAGCCUGCGUACCAACAACAACAACAACAAUAUCAAGGAUAUCCACCGCAGCCCCCGCCGUCUAUUCCGCAGGGUUACCCGGUUGCGCCGCCACCGUACAUGCCGCAACCUCCACAACACGAUCCACUGGCCCCGCUCCGAGGUUUCCUCCCAGAAAACAUCAUCAACGAUAACCAGAAGUUGAUCCCUGCACUUCAGCUUCUUCAGGAUCUCCAAAAAGACGGCAUCCCGCCGGACAAGUGGGGACCCGUCCUGAAGGCUUUCGAGGAGCAGUACCAGCCUCCGGCACCGGCUCCCCCGGCAUAUGGCGGACAGCCAGAUUACGGGCGCGGCAGAGGUCGCAGCCGGAGUCCAGAGCGAGGCGCCGGAGGUGGUCGCGGUGGCAGAGGAAGUCCAGUGUACGGAUCAUACGAUGCUGAAGCCGCCCGUCGACAGGCCGAGGACAACCGCGGUGGAAACAACAAUAACAACAAUGGCGGUGGUGGCCGUAAUCGCUUCCGACAGCGCUCGCCGAUCCGCAAUAGUCCUGCACCGGCUGGCGUGAAUGGUGGUGGCCACGGCAUGCAGCCGAAGAUUAUCGACUACGAUGGCUCACUGCCACCCAACAACAUCAAGGUGCUGUCGCGUACGCUGUUCGUCGGCGGUGCCAAUGGCUCUCAAGCCGAGAUCCAUGAGCUCUUCGAACGCUUCGGACGUGUUCAGACAUGCAUUGCUAAUCGCGACAAGCGUCACGCUUUCGUCAAAAUGACCACGCGCACUCACGCUCUCGCGGCGAAGAAUGCCAUGGAGGAAAUGCAAGCUCGCAAUGACCGUGAGACCAUGAACGUCGCUCGUCAGACCAAGUGGGGCGUUGGUUUCGGCCCGCGGGAGUGCUGCGACUACGCCAAAGGCGAGAGCAUCAUUCCAAUUCACAAGCUCACCGAGGCAGAUCUGAAAUGGCUGCUGACUGCCGAGUACGGCGGUACUGGCGGCAAACAGCUCGAGGGCGGCAUGGUUUUGGAGGAACCAGAUAUUGAGAUCGGUGCCGGUGUCAGCAGCAAGGCAAUGAGCAAGCGUGUUGGGCCUGACAAUGCUCCUGCUCCUAAGAGACAGCGUGAAGGCGGUCGACACGGCAAGCAUAACAAGGGUGGACAUGGUGGACAUGGUCACGGCGGUGGAAACCAGGACUAUGGAGGCUACGGCGGAGCGAACGGCGGACCUCCUCCACAGUAUGGACACAUGGCUCGACCGGAGCCCGUUGCCGUUGCUACUCCGCCAGCUGUUCCAGGCUUUGGCUUUAGCUUGGGCGGGCUUGUACUUCCUCCGGCGAAUGGAAGCAACCCUUACAGGUGA